AUGCGUGAAUGUAUCUCCGUACAUGUUGGCCAAGCUGGUGUGCAAAUUGGUAAUGCCUGCUGGGAAUUGUACUGUUUGGAACAUGGAAUCGCUCCAGAUGGUCAAAUGCCAUCUGACAAGACCAUCGGAGGUGGAGACGACAGUUUCAACACCUUCUUCAGCGAAACCGGCUCAGGCAAACAUGUGCCAAGAGCUGUGUUUGUUGAUCUCGAACCAACUGUUGUUGAUGAGGUAAGAACUGGAACAUACCGUCAGUUGUUCCACCCUGAACAAUUGAUCACUGGUAAGGAAGAUGCCGCCAACAACUACGCACGUGGACACUACACUAUUGGAAAAGAGAUUGUUGAUGUUGUUUUGGACAGAAUCAGGAAAUUGGCUGACCAGUGCACUGGUCUUCAAGGUUUCUUGAUCUUCCACUCUUUCGGAGGUGGUACUGGAUCUGGUUUCACAUCUUUGUUGAUGGAAAGACUCAGUGUUGACUACGGAAAGAAGAGUAAAUUAGAAUUUGCCAUCUACCCAGCCCCUCAAGUCUCCACUGCUGUUGUUGAGCCAUACAACUCCAUCUUGACCACACAUACCACUCUUGAACACAGUGACUGUGCAUUCAUGGUCGAUAAUGAAGCCAUCUAUGACAUUUGCCGUCGUAAUCUCGAUAUUGAACGUCCAACUUACACCAACUUGAAUCGUCUUAUUGGCCAGAUUGUUUCUUCAAUCACAGCUUCUCUCCGUUUCGAUGGUGCCCUCAAUGUUGACUUGACUGAAUUCCAGACCAAUUUGGUCCCAUAUCCCCGUAUUCAUUUCCCAUUGGUCACCUAUGCACCAGUCAUCUCUGCUGAAAAGGCUUACCAUGAACAAUUGUCCGUAUCAGAAAUCACCAAUGCUUGUUUUGAACCAGCCAACCAAAUGGUGAAGUGUGACCCACGUCACGGCAAAUACAUGGCUUGUUGCAUGUUGUACCGUGGUGAUGUUGUACCUAAGGAUGUCAACGCUGCCAUUGCUUCCAUCAAGACCAAGAGGACCAUUCAGUUUGUUGACUGGUGUCCAACUGGUUUCAAAGUUGGUAUCAAUUACCAACCCCCAACCGUGGUACCCGGUGGUGACUUGGCUAAAGUACAACGUGCCGUCUGCAUGUUGUCCAACACUACAGCUAUUGCUGAAGCUUGGGCUAGGUUGGACCACAAGUUCGACUUGAUGUAUGCCAAACGUGCUUUCGUCCAUUGGUAUGUUGGAGAAGGUAUGGAAGAAGGUGAAUUCUCUGAAGCUCGUGAGGAUUUGGCUGCUCUUGAGAAAGAUUACGAAGAGGUUGGCAUGGACUCCGUCGAAGGAGAAGGUGAAGGUGGUGAAGAAUACUAA